AGCAGUAGCAGUAGCAGCAGUAGCAGCAAUAGUAGAUCGCGUCGAAGGAGCACGCUCAGAAGCGCACUCGCCGUCUUUCGACGUCGUCGAAGCGUCGCUCGCGUCGUCGGUGUCAGUCUGGUCCGUGCGCGCGAGUCGAGAGACGCGCUCCGUAAGCACGUCCGAGCUUUUUCGUCCGUUUCUCUACUUUGCUUACUUCCCCUCCCUCUUUUUCUAUAUCUUUCUUUCUAUCGUUCUCUCUUUUUCUCUCUGUCUCUCUCUGUCUCUCUCUCUCUCUCUCUCUGUCUCUCUCUGUCUCUCUCUCUCUGUCUCUCUCUGUCUCUCUAUUAUUCAUAUUUCAUUUCUUUUCUUUUAACUUUCUCAUUUAUUCUUCUCGUGUCGCUACCCAAAGUGCGAGGAUGAAUCCGCGUCGAUUCGUUGCAAGUACCGAGGCGUAGUCGCUCGAAAAAGAAGAGGAAAAUAAAAAGGAGUGCUUGAGAAAAAGAAAUAAAGGGAAGAAAACUCUCUUUCGAGUUUUUACGUUAAAAUACGAGAAAAUAAGAAGUAAGAAGUAAGAAGAAGACAAAUCGCUAUGGGGAAGGUUUACGAUUCAAGUAGCGAGUGCCGUCGCUGAGAAGAUGCCACCGCGGAAGAAGUACGAGACAUGAAGAGACCGCGACCAAGGGACACGUGGGUUUCUUCGAGCCAGGCCAGGCGGUAGCAGAGCCGUGAUCAAAAUGAACCUGAUAAACAUGGACGCGGAGAACCGCGUGGUUCUUAAUGUGGGUGGGAUCCGGCAUGAAACAUAUAAGGCGACCUUGAAGAAGAUCCCGGCGACGAGGCUCUCGAGGUUGACUGAAGCCCUCGCGAACUACGAUCCGAUCCUCAACGAAUACUUCUUCGAUAGGCACCCGGGAGUCUUCGCUCAGGUUCUCAACUAUUAUCGCACUGGGAAGCUCCAUUAUCCCACGGACGUCUGCGGGCCGCUCUUCGAAGAAGAACUCGACUUUUGGGGUCUCGACUCCAAUCAAGUCGAACCUUGUUGUUGGAUGACCUAUACCCAGCAUCGGGACACGCAGGAAACGCUGACGGUCCUGGACAGAUUGGAUUUGGACACGGAGAAGCCGACGGACGAGGAACUGGCCAGAAAGUUUGGCUUCGAGGAAGCCUAUUACGAAGGCACUCUUACCUGGUGGCAAAAACUCAAGCCUCAAAUGUGGUCGCUCUUCGACGAACCCUACUCCUCUCCUGCCGCCAAGGUAAUCAGCAUAGUUUCGGUCUUCUUCAUCUGCGUCUCCAUACUGUCAUUCUGCCUGAAGACUCAUCCUGACAUGCGAGUGCCAGUGAUAGUGAAUCGGCCGGUGAAAGCGGGCAACGUGACGACCUGGGUGCUCGACAAAACGCGCACGAACGCCCAUGACGUCUUCUUCUACAUCGAGUGUGUCUGCAACGCUUGGUUUACCCUGGAGUUCCUUAUACGGAUAACAGCGAGUCCAAAUCGUUGCGUCUUUAUAAAAAGUUCGGUCAAUUUGAUCGACAUGGUGGCGACGUUGAGUUUUUACCUCGACUUGGCAUUGCAACGAUUCGCAUCUCAUCUGGAAAACGCGGACUUUCUUGAAUUCUUGAGCAUCAUACGUAUAAUGAGGCUGUUCAAGCUUACCCGUCAUUCGUCCGGCCUGAAGAUUUUGAUCCAAACGUUCCGUGCCUCGGCGAAGGAACUGACCCUGUUGGUAUUCUUUCUUGUCCUCGGCAUCGUGAUAUUCGCAAGUCUGGUGUAUUACGCCGAGAGGACCCAAUCGAAUCCAGAGAACGACUUCAAGAGCAUACCUCUCGGCUUAUGGUGGGCUCUCGUGACAAUGACCACGGUUGGCUACGGGGACAUGGUACCGAAGACGUACGUGGGGAUGUUCGUAGGCGCGCUAUGCGCCCUGGCCGGUGUCCUCACCAUCGCCCUGCCGGUGCCCGUGAUCGUCAGCAACUUUGCGAUGUAUUACAGUCACACGCAGGCGCGAGCCAAGCUACCAAAGAAGAGACGUCGCGUCUUACCGGUCGAACAGCCAAGGGUCAGGGCGCCGGGCGCGCCUCCCGGUGUUGGACCAACUGGCAUUGGUGCUCCUGGCGUCGGCAGUACCGUUGGUGGACCUCCUGGAGUCGGAGGACACGGACCGGCCGGCCAACACGCCACGACCGGUGGGGGCCCUCCGUCCUCUGGCGUCACGCACGGACAGCAACCGGCCGGUGGUUGCCCUCCUCCUCAUCAGGGGCCUCAGAACCGUAGGAUGAACGCCAUCAAGACCAAUCAUCCCAAGGAUCCGUUCGCUACCAAAUCAGACGUGUAGUCGAUUUCCCUUUUUCUCGUACGGUGGGUUCCAGAGGAAGACCGGAGGAACUCUAACCUGCGGACCAACGGGACCAAGACUACCGGAGGCUUGGGUUAAGCCGAUACCAAGGCUACUCUCCACUGCCGAUGCGUUCGCCGAACGGAAGAAGAAGAUAGAGUCGAAGGUUAGAGGGAACAGCUCGUAAGUCCGCUCGAUGAUCGAUAAGCUUUGCGGACAUUUGUACGGCGAGACAGUCGGUGGCUGUCCUCCGGAGCACGAUGUUACUCUCUUUCCCUCUCGCUCGCUCGUUCUCACUCUCUCCCUCUCUUCCUCUCCCUUCUAUCAAACCUUUUCUCUCUUUCUCUCAUAAACGUAAAACAAGCACGAUAUGACGUAGGACAUUCGAGCUAGGAUCUCUGAUCGCUUCGCAGUACAAGGAUAUCAAACAAUAUUUACCAAUCUCCUUUAACAUUUUUAUCCCAAACCCUCAUCUUAUAAGUAUCAUAAAGUUACGAUUCAAUCGAUUUCUUCGUUUUUCCUGUUACCUUUAACCGUAGGAGGUCCUUCUAUUUUCGGUCAGCUUUUCUUUAAGUAACGCGGCGAGCUAGGAAACCGGUAAAUAUAACUCGUAGGAAACGCAACGCUCGUUAAAUAUCGAAGAUAGCUUAUCCUCCACGUUAUAAAAUAUCGAGGUCAGAGGAAAAAGAAGAAGGGAAAAAGGAAAACGUUGAGAAAAAAACCCGUAAUCGUGAGAGACUUUGAAAAGGGUGAUCGACGGAUAUGUAAGUCGGAGGAAAAGGAAGGUCGAAAAUUAGAAACGGAUUCUCUUCGUUCGUUUGUUCGUUCGUUGUCGUCCUUUGACUCUUGUUCGCUGAAAUGCACGGAGCUUAUCGAUGUUCCGAUACGCAAAGCUUACGCGUAAGCGGUCGUUUAUACUCAUCCGUUCCGGAAUGCGCGCUACGGCCUAAGGUCGACUCGGAACGUGUAUCGAGCGCUUGAGAUUUUCCAAUAUCAGCAUACUCGUUCGUUCCGUCCGACGCGUUUGCGGACUCCGCCGGCUCGUUGGCCCCAUCCAGAGCAGCGCGAUUUUAGACUUACGAAUACGCUUCGGUACACCUGAAAAAGCAAUGGAUUCUUGAGAUUACAGCGAAUCGAUGUAUAUUCGAGAUAUAUACCCCUAUACGUAUGUAUAUACAUAUAUAUAUAUACACACACAUAUAUAUAUACAUAUAUAUAUAUGUAUAAACAUGUAUAUAUACUAGAGAAAAAGAUAGAUCCGGAUCUAAAGUAGGAACCAGACGUAUCUAUCGCUCGGAUUAACUUGUUGAUCGAUAGAAGAGAUGCUUCGAAGGGACCAUGUCAAAAAUAUAUCUCUGUAUGAGUGAAUGCAUGUAUGUGUGUAUGUAUACAAACAUCCUACAUAUCUAUCAAACAGGAUAAUCGUGAUUUUUCAUUUAUACGUUUGCUUUUAACGAACGUCGUUUAACGGCUUAAUGAAUUAAAGUCGGUCUUGUUCUUUUUACGGCGAUAAGCGCUUUAUCAUCCCCAACCGCUUGAAGCGACAUCGGUAAUCGGGUUAGAUUCUAGGGGAUAAUCGAUACCGACGAUCUUUAUAUUCUCGACGAAAUGAGUUUUCCUCAAUCACUCUCAUUCUUUUCUUUUUUUUUUUUCUUUCUUCUUCUUCUUCUUUUUUUUUCUUUAUUUUCGCGAUCUGAAAGCGAAAACGGGAACUCUAAAAUUCUUUCUCAGAACUUUAACAAAACGAUCCGUUUCGUUUAUUCUGCUCUUUGACCACAGUCCGAUUAGAUGGUUACACGUUUCGUAGACUCUGUAAACAACUUCGUCGCGCUUGUUUCUAACUAUAGCAGAAAACGUUAGUUCGGAGAAACGUACAGGAGAAACUCUCAUUUUGCGUUUUCUGUUUACGUUUUAUACUCGAGACAAAAAAUUUACUUAGACUAAAGUGUUACGUUUGAGUUAUAAUUAUACGAUUAUUAAAUAAAAUUUCUUAUUUUGUACGCAUGAUAAAAUUUAUCGAUAUACAAUAAUGAACGUAAACGAAAGCAAUGAGAAGAUUCGAUGAAAAAAGAGAGAAAGAGAGAGAGAGAGAAAGAGAGAUCAACAGUGAAGUAUAUAAUACGAGAAAGAAUAAAAAUAUGUAUGCGAAGCAUUAAGAGUUUCUAGCGUGUUCCUACGAAACGCAUAUCUUCGCGCGAAACUCAUAUGCAACACCGAGCUUAAAAUUCCACAAGCACGUACAUACGUACUUAUGUACAUAUGUAUAUCCUUUGCGCAUCCUGAAUAAGUAUUGCCGGGACCAAUCACCAAGCACCUCCUUAUUCUCUUCCAUCCCUAAGACCUCUCCUACCCCUUCCAUUCUUAUUCCCAAUCAUUAAAUUAUUCUCAAAAUAAAGUAGUACAUUACUCUCUCUCUCUCUCUCCCUCUCUCUCCCUCUCUCUCUCUCUCUCUCUUCCUCUUUCUCUUCCUCUAUCUCCUUUUUUCCUCAUAGACAACGAGCAAAUUUACAUACAUUUAAUGGCAAGGUUGUAUAUGUAUCGUCACACGCGCUAAAAAUAAAGAGAGAGAGAGAGUGAGAGAGAAUGAGUUAAGAAAUCAAAUCGACGAGCUUAAUUAAACAACGCGUGGAUGUCGUACGAAUGCAAACGCAAAUGAAUAAAAGCAACAACUUCCCUAUCAGAGUUUAAGAAAUCUUUGGCCCUGCAUCGAGUAUGCACUCGAGUGUGUCUUGCAACGGAAUAAAUUCGCUCGGUAUAUUGUGUUCUCUGAGUAUAUUUAUGAUAGCAGCUAUUAUCGAGUCGACUUGAGACGGUAAGCAAGGCACGUCUCCUGAUAUCGACGAAAACGUCGAUGCGAACCGAUCUAAGCGAGUUUUCCGAUUACUUUUCCCUUUGGUCUCUCUUUCUCUCAUGAGACAAAGAAGCAAACAAGAACAAUGUCAAUGUUGCCUUGUAAUUCGACCUUGUUGUUGUUGUUAUCCUUGCUUUGUAGUCUUGUUGUUCAAUGAUCUCUCUAAUGUCUUUUCUUUUUAUGAUCGGUCAAACAAUAAACGGGGUAACGUGUAUAUGAUCCGUACAUGCUUGAAGCGACCGUGAUAUUGCUGCAAGUGAAUUCUCCAGAUUUUCUAAAGUAAUACGAUCUUCGACGGAAUCUUGUGGAACAUUUGAAGAAUAGAAAAUUCGAAAUUCCUUCGUGUCGAAGAGACUUUGUCGAGCUGACUCGGUCAGUCAAUAAAUUCAAAUCGACGAGCUUUAGAAAUACACUAAAAGAAGGAAAAAGGAAAGAAAGAGAAAGAGAGAAAGAAACUAAAUUGGUGCGUUUCAAAUAACCGAGUUAACUCGAUAAGUCUUUUAAAGAACUUUUGCAUUUGUGGGGUGGUUGGACGAAAAGGUAAACGAAAUAAAGAAAUGAAAGAUGAGUUGAAAAGAGAGAGAGAGAGAGAGAGAGAGAGAGAGAGAGAGAGAAUGAGAGAGAAAGAGAGACAGAGAAAGAGAAAACAAAUAAAAGAAUGCAUAUCCGCGGCGGGCACAAUAAGCACGCACGCACAACAGUUUUUAAAGAGAAACGAAGAACAAGCGUAUCGUCGGUUAGGCGUGUACAUGGAAAAAUAUAUAUAUACAUUCGUUACUCUGAAUCGUUACUAUACGACAUGGAGAUUGAAUUCCACUAACGAAGGAUUUUUUCUACAUCGUUUUAAUUAAAGAACACAAGAACACGGAGACUUUCAGAGAGAUGUUCUCUUUGACCAUGUAGCAAUCGUCUUCAAUUCCUGGACAUUCUUGAAGCGAUGCGAAUAUCCCUUGAACGUCAUUGUAAUUAUAUUAAUUAACGCGUCUUUAUUGCUCAACGAUAUACCAAGAAAAUAGAAUAGAGCUAGGGAUAAUAAAAAACGAAGGUGAAGUCAAGUUGAAAAGUAUCGUUGCCCGCGAAGAAUCGGUCACCUUCCUUUUGAAAUUAGUCGUAGUUAAAGCAUCCGCAUCUAAAGGAUGUUCAAAAGGAUCUAUGCGAAGCUUCAAGAACUAUCAAAGUUUUUCAUGAAAUUUUUAAUAAAAUCAGAUCGAACGGAUUGAAGCGAUGCACAGAAUGAUGCACGUCAUACCGACGAUUAACGUACGAGACACACCGAUCACACGUGAAAACACAAACAUACACAAACAUGUACACAUAAAAAGAAACACACUUUCACGCGCAUACGUUCAUCACCGCCCUUCUACACUGUUUUAACAGUCAUUUUGACUUUGUAGAUAGUGUUAUACGAUUUUUCUUAACGAACGCCAACGUCGAGCUGCGAGUCGUCGACGCUGCGAAAUCGCAAAUUAAUCGCUAAUCUCGUUAUGAUUAUUUAUUAUUAUUAUAAAUUGGAAAAGGGAGAGAGGAGAAACAACACGCGCGGAAUCUCCCAACACGUCGAACGUACGUAUUAGCACCAAAGGAAGACGAAUUUUACAUUAAACGCAAGACGCAUCGUCGACGUAAUCGUAUUAACAAGCAUUAUCAUUUCUAUUCUUGUAACAUCGAUAUCAUUAUCGCUACGAUCCUUGUCGUGAUCGUCGGCGCAUUUCGUGACACAUCACGUAACACGAUGUAACCGUAACGUGCCGCUCGACGAGGAAAGAAGUCGUCUAGCUCUGAAGAUAGAUUCUCGCGUCGAAUCUCGUACGAACGUUGUACGUUACCACGCAAUGUCGCCGACGAAAAUCUUGGGAGGCAUCGAGGGGACCGAGCGGAUGAAUAAAACAAAAAAAAUAAAAUAAAAUAAAAUAAAAUAAAAAAGGCGAAUUAUAUAUAUAUAUCUAUUAUUGUACCGAGAGUUGUGCGCUGCGUUUACGAUUUAAGCUAGUUUGUUUGUAAAUAAAAACUAUUUGACUCUUUGA